AGCCAAAGUGGUGAUGCAUUGAUCUUCCUGAGUGGGGCACAGGAGAUUGAAUGCUUAUUGCGGAGCGAGCGGAGCUUAUGUUACUGCUCACGAACACUCGUGUGCGUCCGUCCGUCCGUCCGUCCGUCCGUCCGUCCGUCCGUCCGUCCGUCC